AUGGAGAAGUCUGAAAGACGAUCAUUAGGAGGGACAGUCACAACAUUGAGAUCAUCUAGAGGUGCUGUAUUAGUGAACUAAGAUGGAUCAUAUGCAUAUGUUUGUCCAAUGAAAAAUGAAUCAAUAGUAUAAAGUGAAAAGGUAAUUCAAGAGCCACAAUAAAUUAUGUUGCCAGUUUUUGGAGAUGAUGAACUGGCUUUUUAUAUCAAUCCUUAAGACUUGCCAGAUUUGGUUGAUGAAGUUUUGGACACAUAUUUAACACAUUCAAGAGUUUUUCUGGUUUUUAUGUGCGUUUAGAUGGUGGUAGAAAUCAUAUUUGAUUCAAUGGUUUGGAUUAAUUAGGACAGAAUCGAAAAACUACUAGCUCUAAUUUACAACAAGGUGCCUUUAGCUGACAUCCAUCAAAUGAUAAUUUUAUGCUCUUGCAUUAACAUUCUAUUUUAAUGCAUCUAUUAUGCAUCUGGAAUUACUGGUGCAUGGCGUAAAUCUUAUAAGACACUUAAUGUUUUUGGAAAUUUAUCAAUUUUAGGAAUGUUUUUACAAAUAUUUCUGUCUUACACUUAUCAAUUCAAUAUAUUGAUAUUUGCAUUCAGAGUGUUGUCGUGUAUUUAUGCAAAGUUCCUGAGUCACUUGAUCCUCAGUUUGAUCCUGUUACCUCAUUGACAUUUAUUAUUAAUAUCAUAUGCGCUAAAAAUAAGAACUAUUUAAAUUUAUAA